AUGGAGAGUGAUGUGGAUCACCAAUACGAACUGGCUCCUUGGGUGAAGAAGAUCCUCAAGGCCCAUAAUCCCAACCACUCGCUCGUCCGUGGUGGAACUCUCAGCACCCGUAGUGGACACCCCCUCUCGCCUGUUGCCAAGCGCAAGCGCACUGGUCUGGCAAAAUCGCCCACUCCCACUCCCGCCCCCGUUUCCCACCCUCCGGCCAAGAAGAGCACCGUUGUGACCCCCUUUGAGACUGGCUGA